UGCAUCGCCGUCUUUAUUUGAAUUUUUAAAGAUCACCAUUGUUAAAUGACAAAGUAACUCAAGCGUAAAUGUAAAUUCCCGGAUUGUAAAACUGUCGAUCAAUUUACCGACGGUCUUUCGGAUAAACUGGCCAUUGUUCUUCUGGCAACAAGUUACUUAACACUACGGACAUUACGAUGACUUUGGGAAUGCCAUAGUCUUUAACUUCACGCAAACAAAAGUAACGCCAGACGUCUUGAAAGAGUUCUCAUUUGUGCAGCUGAAUGAGGUCUUCGAUCAGAAGAUAAAGACCAAGUAUCACAAGCAUCAAUACAGUGUUUGCAUACUGAAAUUCUGAGGGUGACUCGCCGAACAUUAACCGAAGGCAUCUACCAUGGCUGGAUUUGAAGAUUUGAGGCGUUUCCAGUUGGAAAAUGAAGACGAAGCCCUGGCCAAAGUACUAAAAAUGUCCAAACCAGAAGACUCUCCAACUCCCUCAUCUUUGGUGCAGGAUUUUCAAACACAAGAUGAUGAUGAAGAUCAAAUAUUAGCUAGAGCUGUGGCUCUUUCUUUAGAAACACCAGAGAACACACAAUCUGCUUCUCCCCUUUGUUUGCCAAACAACUACCACUGGAAUGCGCUUGCGGGAAGGACGACAAAGACAGGCGAUCAGAGGAGUUCUCUAAGAGUGGUCGAGGAAGGACUUGAACAACUCAGGAGAGUUAAAGGCCCAGUGUGCGUAGUAUCCAUCGCUGGUCCUUACAGAAAGGGGAAGUCCUAUAUAUUAAGCCAAGCUUUUGACCAACCAGAUGUUUUUCCUCUUGGACAUAAAAUGGAGGCUGAGACUAUGGGAAUCUGGAUAUGGAUUGUUCCAGAAAAAUUCAAGAAUUCCAAUGGACAAGAAUUCACAGUGGUUUUACUGGACUCUGAAGGGAUUGACGCCACAAAUAGUGAAAACACCGAUGACCAUCAGAUCUUCACUCUAACAGUCUUGUUAGCGUCCGUGUUGAUAUACAAUUCGCAAGGUGUUCCGACACGAAGUGAUGUAGAGAAACUGGACUACAUAGUAAAACUUUCCGAAAGAAUUCAGACGCGAUCCACCGUCUCUGGUGCGUAUAGUCCAUCGCAAAACAGCGAGUUUUUCCAUAAAACAUUUCCCUAUUUCAUCUGGCUGCUUAGAGAUGUAACACAGUCUAUACCAGAUGACUGCAAGAACAUCAAAGAAUAUUUCUUAAAAAAGGUUUUUAAAGGACAAGUUUCAUCAGAUGCGGAUAAUAAAACCGAGGAAGGAGUAGCUGGGAGCAUCUUACGUUUCUUUCCUGGCUUCGAUGCCUUUAUGUUGCCACCUCCAACAGUUGAUCCUGAGACAAUGAAAAGCUUAAACAAGACAAAAAGCAAAGUGAAUCAGUGGUUCUGGCGUGGCUUGGAGAGGUUUAAAAGCUUACUGAGGGACACUUUAUCCCCUAAACGCAGCUUCAAUGAUGGAGAGUUCGUCACAGGAGAAGGUCUCGCAGCUAUGGUUCAGCUCUACGUCGACGCAAUAAAUGCUCCUGAUGCUAUUCCGAAUGUUCAAAGCGCAUGGGAGACGUUUGUCGAAGGCAAAUGCGCUAAAGCAAAACAGUCUACUCUGCAAAUGUAUGAUGCACUUAUGACGGCCCGAUUAUCGGAUGCGUUACCUUGCAGCAAUAAUGAUAUUCGUAUGUGCCACAAUGAUGCUCUUGAGCAAUGCGAGGAUCAGUUGAUGAUGGAACUUGCUGGAAUUUCUACAAAUUCAGUUGAAAUGACAACUAGAGAGUUUCAGUUAUCAGUCGAAGCAAAACUGCUCUCUUGGCUGACUAAAAACGAAGAGCUCACGAGAAAAUCCUGCGAAAUUCUCUUACGAGACCUAAAAAAGAAUCAUUUGGACCCUGUAUUUGAGAAACUUUUGGGUGAGGAACGAGACAAAAUAUCAUUUGAAGACAUAAUUGGUGGAUAUCAGAGAGUUAAGGACGAUUUCCAUCAGUAUGCAGAGGGAGCUGAAGACGUUAUCGCCGCUGUAUUUUUGGAGCUUCAUAAAGAUCUGCUGAAGGAAAAGGAGCAAUAUCUGGGGAUAUUGGCACAACUGAAAGACUUUGACGAGGAGCGGAGCCGAGAAUUGGCUGCCAGGGCAUAUCAAGAACGUGAGAGAAAAAGGCUAGAGGAACAGCAGGCACGUCUUCAACAAGAAAAUCUUGAACAGAAGAAACAGAUGGAAAUGUUGAUUAGGAAUCUUGAUGAAGAAAAGAGACGCUUUGCUGACCAAAUGAAAGGCGAACGCCAGGCGCAUCAAGAUCAACUCCAAAAUAUGAUGGAAGCAUGUAUGAGACAAGCCCAAGGGAAACGCCAGGCAUUCAUGAGGGAAAACGAAGCUUUACAAGAACGAUUCCUGGCAUUCCAAGAACGCAACGAAGAAAACAUGAAAAUGGUUCAAAACCUGUCUGACCGAGCCGCCCAGCAACAGAAAGAAAGAGAAGCUCUUCGUCAACAGAUGAAGGAUCAAGCCGAUCAAGACAAGGAAGAUUUAAUUAAAGCGUUGAAUGAAAAACACGAUGAAGAAAUGAAGGCUCUACGGGAUGAAUUGAACGCAAAGUCAAAUGAGAUGCCUGAGCAAGUUCCACAGGAUAAAAUGAAGAGUAGUGAAACGGCUGAAUUGAUUGAUAGACGAACCAGAGAAGCAGAAGAGCGGCAAAGAAACAUAGCAGAGACUCGAGAGAGACAACAAGAAGUAGAAAAACCAGGAUUUUGGAAGAAAGCGCUUAAAGUUGUAGGGAAAAUUGCGCCUUUGGCUGGUGCAGUUGUUUCUGCGGUUGUACCGAUUACAGCACCGAUUGCUGCACCAGUAGCUGCCUUGGCUGGUGCUGCGUGUGAUAUUGUUUCUGACGACGUUUGCAGUAUAAUGUAAUCAGUUGUGUAUGUAGCUUGCCUUCAUAGAAAAAAAUUCAAGGUUAUUUUAAUUCUAUGAACGCAAUUUCACUAUGGACCUCCGAGGUACUGAUUUGUUAUGAUUUAUAGUAUUUCUAUCUGCUGAAUGAAACCAAAACGUCAAUGUAGAUAACAAGAGAGGUUUCUGAUUGAAACCAGCGUGUAAAAUUCGUUUGCGCAUUUUGCGUGUUUUUUUUCCAUUAUCGCUGAUAUUUUAUGUCUUAAGUUUUUAUCUCGUUAGUGAAAUAGAGAUAUGUGUUUCGCCUUGUCACGUAAGUGGGACAAAGGAACAGUUCUGCGUCCCCAUUAGGAAUCAAACCUCAGACCUUCACUUCCAAGCUCCGAUGCUCUACAACUGAGCUAAUUAGACCACGAUGAGAAAGGCCAUUACUAGGCCUUUUUAGGCUCAUAUGAGAUAUGCCUCCUCCAUACUGCAUGGAUAAGCAAUGACGGAAGCUUAAUGUAUGGGUUAUUAUAACAGAAUAGGAUAGAUGGAAAGAAUUUAGAAUUUUUUCCUUUGAAGCACGCUCGUGACAAGGCGAAACAUCCCUCUCGUUCAUUUCUUGUUUCAUCACAGCACUACAGCAAUUAUAUAUAUUUUUUCUCCGAUGGCUUACUCUUGCUUCGGAUUUUGGUUGGUUUUCAAUUUUCUACCCAACUCAGAUUGCUCUUUAGUGGUAAUUUUUAGGCGACAUCUAAAUGGCUUUGAUAUAAAGUUGCAGUAUAAGAUGCAAUUUCCACUGCUAGCACACAGUGCGGACCUAAGACCACUGUCUUGUGUGAUUAGGGUUUAUGUCCAUUAUAGCAAGAGAACAAUAGGGUAUGGUGCAUUAAUCGUUCAGCACUCUUCAUGUGACAUUUAGAGAUCGCAAUGACAGAAAUUUAACACAACUCGUAGUUAUAUUAAAACGAAGUCGUUACUAAAGGUACAUUAAAGGAACUCCUAGAACUGAAAAAUACCAUCCGUACUAAUAUUCAAUUAACUUUGUAGCUCCAGUGUCAUAUUCACCUGUCCUUUUCAUACACCAGCGAUCAAAAAAAUCUGAGCACAUUGUGAGUUCAUGUGUCCAU